AUGGCUGCAGCUGUCGCAUCUUCAGAAGAUGAAACUCAAUCGAAGUCACCAACGAUUUCAUUUAUUAAUUCACAGGAAGGAAAACAAUUGCUAAUAGCAAAUGAAUACAUUUUCAAAUUAAAUAAAACAACAACAACUACAAAAUAUUGGAAAUGUGUAGUUAAUAGUUGUUCUGCUAAAAUUCAUACAGAUGUGAAUGGCCAUUUAGUUAAAAUAAAUGAUGAGCAUAGUCAUCCUUCAGAAAAAGAAACUACUGAAGUUCGUGAAUUUCGUGAGAAAGCUAAACAACGAGCAGUAAAUGAAGCAACACCUAUUCCACGAAUAUAUGGCAAAGAAUGUGCAAAAGCGAAACUAUCAGAUGCAACAACAGCUAUAUUACCAGGUGAACGUGAAAUGACAUUUCCUUGUGUAUUUGACUUAUUACCUAAUCGAUUAAAAACCACAUAUCAUUUCAUGUUUCAGGAGUUAAAAUCAAUAGCUAUGCAAAUGCAACUAAACUUUACACCUAAAUCAAUAAUGAGUGACUUUGAACCUGCUUUAAUCAUCGUAAUUGCAGCUGAAUUUGUUGGAGCAAAGCAUUCAUCUUGCUAUUUUCAUUUUACGCAAGCUGUCUAUCGAGCUGUACAACGAGUCGGGUUAUCUACAAGUUAUAAUAAUGACAAUGAUAUUAAACAUUCUUGUCGAAAGUUAAUGGCCCUUGCUUUACUUCCUGAACCAAUCAUUGAAGACACUUUUGAUGAAUUAUUAGCAGCAAUGUCAAUCGAAAUAAAAAAUAAACCAAAUGAUUUGUUACAGUAUUUUCAAGGACAAUGGUUUGUUAAAUUUCCUAUGUCUCAAUGGUGUAUGCAUGGUUUUAGCAUGAGAACCAAUAAUGAUGCUGAAGCAUUUCAUAGUCGCUUCAACCGUCGAGUUCAAAUAACUCAUCCAAAUAUGUGGUCGUUCAUAAAAUUUCUACAAGGAGAAGAGAAUCGUUUUCAUCAUUUACGUAUUCAAUUUUAUGCAGGUUUAGGAGCAAGACCUAAACAAGCCAAAACAAUCGCAAUUCAACGUCGUAUUGAUAAUAUUGGUCAACGAUAUUAUGAUGGCGUUAUAAGUGCUAUGGAGUACUUAGAUGGCUUAUCAUAUACAGUGGCAAAACGAAAAAAAUAG